UUCGGGCGCGUGCUUGAACGGAAAUAACAGCGGAAAUAACCCAUUACUAAUGAUACUUAGUUUAGACUGACCCCAGUCCGCGAGACAAACUAAUGGUGCGCCUGAAUACUUAAUUUCAGCCCAAAAUUUCAUAACAUUUCUGUCAGGGUUGUACUUGGCACGAUUUUGAUUAUCGAAAGCAGCUUAAUGGGGAUUGUGGACUUGCUGCUGGUUUGAUGUUUAGUCCUUUUGCAGCUUAUUGUUUUGUUAAUAACGAUGUGGCGAUUUUCGUGUUGCGAGCUACCCUAGACUGUAUGUUAGGAUGCAGUUGUGGCAUUGUUAAUGGCGAGAAUUAUGAAGUGAACAAAUGCCUUUUUGCGAAAGUGAAUUAUACCAUACGUGAAUGCCAGUAGCCUGGCGGUUUAUCUGAGUUUAGAGUGGAGUUUGUGUACUGGGGUAUCUGCGCCUGACAAGACUGCACUGUACGCUUGCCAAAAGAACAGGAGCGCUGGUUGGUGGUUGAACGGUGAUCUGCCUUGUGUUUCUGUGCGGACCUGUCACUGCUUGCGCACUAUCUCAGUUACGUUCGCACUGCGUGUUCGCCAUGUUCUCGCGCAAGUCCUCGUCGCACAACCUCCUGUUCCGACCGCGCAUCACGCGGGCCGUCUCCUUCGCGGCGCCGACCACGAUCCGCGAGGAGGACGAGGAGCUGCUCAGCGACACCCUCAGCCAUGGCCCCGCCGUCUCCGCCUCGGCGCCCCUCCUCACGCGGCCCCUCAGCGUCAACGGCGACGCGGCCAGCGAGGAGCCCGCCGGCGGACUGGCCUGGUUCCGCGCCAUGACGCGCAAGCAGAAGAUGCUCGUGGCCAUCCUUUGUCUGGCCAACUUCUCAGCCACAGUCUUCUACUCCUGCAUCGCUCCCUUUUUCCCCAGCUAUGCGAUGCGGAAAGGAGCGACGGAAACGGAAGUGGGCUUCGUUUUCGGAUGUUUCCAGUUAGUGAUCUUUUUUAUGUCGCCGAUUUGGGGGAAAUACAUGCAUCUGUUCGGCGCCAAGUUUCUCUUCGUUACGGGCAUCCUAACGACGGGCGCGGCGGCUAUCCUCAUGGGCUUUCUCGAAUUCUGCCCCGCCGGCCGCUCCUUCGUCAUAAUGUGCUUCGUUAUUCGCGUGGUGGACGCCGUUGGUGUUUCCGCAUUCCUCACAGCAUCCUUCACGGUGAUCGCCAACGAGUUCCCCACUGCCAUCUCCACCAUCUUCGGCGCCUGUGAGACCUUCAACGGCCUGGGCUACACCCUGGGGCCGCCCAUCGGAGGCCUUCUCUACCAGCUAGGCGGCUUCAUCCUGCCUUUUGCGGUGCUGGGCUCGGUGGUGCUGUUAGUGGGCAUCGCCUCCUGGCUGCUGGUACCUUCCAUGCAGCACGCCGAACCCUCGCAGGAGGACAGCCCUUCCUACCGCCAGUAUCUGUCCAUCCCGGGCGUCUGGAUCACGCUGCUGUCCGUUUUUACCGCCACGCUUGGAUUAGGAUUCUUGGACGCCAUGUAUGGGCCGCAUUUGGAGGAGUUCCACAUCUCCCCGGGACUAGUGGGGGCCAUCUUCCUCCUGCCUAGUGUGCUCUAUUUCAUCUGCGCGCCCUUUCUUGGUGUCAUCGUGGAUCGUCGAGGCCGGGCGCUAGAGUUCAUCACGUUGGGGGCUAUCAUCAGCGGCAGUUGCUACCUCUUCAUGGGACCGGCACCCUUUAUGCAUUUGCAGGGGAAGCUUUGGGUGCUGAUCAUCGCCAACAUCAUCCUGGGACUGGGAACAUGCGGCCAGCUGAUUCCCCCGUUUGGUAAAAAUUUGGAGGCGACUAUAAAUGCUGGAUUUCCAGACAACUUCGAGACGCAUGGCCUUGUUUCGGGAGCCUUGAGUUCAGCCACUGCUUUGGGAGCCUUCGUGGGGCCGUCGGUGGGUGGGUUCGCAGUGGAGGAGUACGGUUUCAGCUGGACAGUGACCGGCAUCGCCUUCCUGAAUUUGAUUGUGGUGUUUGUGACGGUGAUGUACUUAAUGCACGAAAUGCGCAAGGCUUCCCGCAAAAGAGCCCUCUUCGUGGGCGUGCCGGACGACGAGGAGGACUUGGACGAGACGUCGCCCCUCAUGAUGGCGGCCUGAUGAAGGAUGGGACAAAUGGCUGUGGCGGUUCGCGUGCAUCCUCCGUCUCUCCUUGAUUGAGGUCCCCUUGAUACCGUGUUCUCCACUAGUUCCUCUGCUUCUCAGCACACGACAGUACGUUUGGACCUGAUUUACCGACUCUUGCUCUUGUUCUCCUGCACCUGCCUGAGCUCUUGGACUGGGGCGUUGUUAAUUGGUGCUUUUCUCUUAACUGGUGAUUGAUUUAUAGCUCUUUCAUUCUUUUCUUUCACUCAGCUAUUUGCUAACGACGAAGUAUACUCUGUGGGGGUUCUGCCGAACGCGUUGGCUGUUCAGCGGAAAUUUUUUUCUGCAUUUUUUAUACCGUGGGUUUUAUUUUGUUUUAUUUGCCGGCCAUUGGCCUAUAGGCUGUGAUCUGUUUUCUUUGCUUGCGUAUUUAUGAGUAGAAGUAUUCAAUUAAAUAUUUCAGUAUGG